UAAAACUAGAUGACAUAAACUAUUGCGGUUGUGAAAUUAAUUAUUGGUUUUGAAAGAAACUGUUAUAUAAUUACACUUUAAAAUUUUUUAGAAUAUUUAUAUAGCAUCGUAUCUCUGCAUUCGGAUAAAUACGUUCCUAGAGAUAAAGGCGAUCUCUUCAUUAAAGAACAAAUAAAAAAAUGGAAGAAAAAGUGACGCAUGUAAUGACGUAUGAAGCACUUGGCAUAAUCCAGAAGAAUGACAUGUAUGUGCGUUUUAAAACAGCGUGUCACUUUGUAGCUUUAGAAUUUUAUCGUAAAAUAUUUCACGAUCCGUGCUACGCGGGUUUUUCAAAAGAAGGAUCGCACCUUUACAAUGAGUUGCAGGCUUUUAAAGGGUGCUUAUCUCGCCUUAAAGGAAACGUACUAAAUAACAGAGAAUGGAGUUUUCUUUUUCCAGAAAACCAACAAACUUUGUCAGAAACGUUCACAUUAAAUCUAAUACGUACAAUAAUAAGGUAUUGCGUUUGUGACGUUAACAACUCCGCAGAUAUCUUUGCACCAAGCAAGUACGCCGACAAUUUAUCUGAAGAAGGUAAAAGGUUGCUAACAGUCGUAGAAAACAUUCAUGCUACGGUUUCAGAUAAGAAAACCAAAGAACUGAUCUUAUCCGACAGUGGUUCUAAAAUGUUAUGGCAGUUGUUAAAUCAAGCUUUAGAUGAAAUCAAUUUUGAUCAAAGCGAAAUUGAAAAAAUAAAACAUGCCGAUUUAGACUUAUACCAAGAUUUUAGACUCUCACUUAUAACUUCACAGUUCGAAGUGUUGCUUGAUGAAUGCAAUGAUAUUCUAAAGUCAGUUAGUUUAAACUACCUUGCAGUUGAAAAAUUAAUAGCAGACUGCAAUAAUAUAUUAUCAAAAGAUAAAAAUGGACUAAUCGAGAAAGACUUUUUUUCAAAUGCAAACAAAGUUCUUUCUGAAGCAAGUUCUAUUACAGAUAAGUUAAAUUUUAUAAAGCAAACAAUCAUUGAGUCGAUUAUUGAAAUACCUGAUUGGAAAGAAAAAAAUCUUGAAGGAGAUAUAAUCAUUAUUGAUGAGAAGUUAGUAAAUCUAAAGAAUGACACUAUUAAACAAAUUGAACUUAUUAAAAAUGUUUUCCAUGUCACUUCUUUAAGUAUGGUUAAAAUUAAGGAAACGUAUUUUUUUCAAGAAAACAAAGCAAAGAUUUUAAAUCAAAUGAGAUCAAUUAGCUCCAGAUCCAUACGAGAUAUACGAGUAUUGUAAAACGUUAAGUUUAAAAAGUUUUUUGGAGAAUGGAAGAAAAGCAAUUAUAAACUUUUUCAGUUUUAACUUACCUUUCUAAAAAUUUGAUGUCAUUUAAAAUAACAUCAAAGUUUUAAAAUUCUAGAUAUUAUUCAUAAAACUUUUUUAUUUUAUAAUAUUUUUUUUAGAAUAUUUGAAUUUUGAUUACUUUUGUGUAGAACUCUCUUUUUUAAUGUUUUUUGUACUUUCUUGAAAACUGUCUUCUAAAAUAAAAAUUUUCUAUAUAAA